CACAUAAUCAACUUUUGCAAGGCAAGAAUACUGGGACGUAGGUCGAGAAGAAGCCCCUCAGUCUGUAGCCCGACGGAGGGAAAGGCCACAGAAGAGUACAUUAUAAAGGAAAAGUCACUAACUAUCGAGGAUGGAAGAGUGCAGGUGGAGCUGGUCAACAGACAGAAUCCAGAGGACACUCACUUGGUGUCCUUCCCUCUGGACGAACCCUUCUACAUGGAGCAGAUCAAAGAGACAGCAAAGCUUAGGGCGUCUCAGGUGAAGGGAGGUGGAACACAGUUUCUCGAGCAGAUAAAUAAAGCCAUGGCUGUGUACGGGAUUGUAGCCGGCUUCAUCGGGGCUGGGAAGUUCUUUGCAGAAAACGACACUGUCCGAGGGGCCUUCACCUUGACCCAGUCUCUGCAUGGGGGGGGGGAUAUGGCUGGGCUGAACCAGCAGCUCUCCAAAAUGUCCCAGAAAAUAUUUCAAGAAGGCCUCCAUAAAGCCACGGAGGCACUAGGUGUGGAAAAGUCCUUUGCAGCGAUGAGCAGCUCAGUGGAAAGGUUUGGUGAAAGUGCUGCAGGUUUGUUCCUGAAGAACAUUCCUAUCAUCGGCUUGGCUUUUCAAUCCUAUUUUAUUGCAGAAGAUUCUAUUGCCAUUCAAAAACACAAUGGGUCUGACCCAGAGCAGAACAAAUACCUUGGUUUAAAGAUUACAAACCUAGUCUUGGAUGUGUCAACAACCGUGCUUACGUUAGCUGAGGUGGCCUUCCCUCCAGCAGCCAUUGUGCUGGGGCCCCUAACCAUUGGGCUGACUGUUGCAAGGAUGUCUAUUGGUGAUUUUUACUGUGAUGUUGUGAGCGAACUAGACCAGCUUCCUAAAGGAGCUGGCGAUUUCGAUAAAAUGACCGCUGUAAUGGUGGGGCUGAAGGAAGGUGCUGUGGAUUUUGUGACAGGGGGCCUGCUAAGAGAAUUGAAGGGCCUUGAAAAAGAACAGAGGCAAAACAAAGAACUGCUGCACAACCUAGCGACCCCUGAGUCUUACUUCAAAAUAACUGCUAAUAACAGCACUCUGGACCUAACAAAAGGCAUUCUGUCCCAGUAUGCUGGUUUUGUGACUGUUUGGCUGUCAAAUGAUGGCAAUAUUAAGAUCCAGAUAGGGGGUGUUCCUGAUGGAAAUGGUGGGGUCAAAACAAUAGAAGUAGUAAAGCACUACCCCGACAUUCAGAGCAUUGCCCUAGCAUUUGGGGAAUCAUCACAGGUCCUCUACACUGAAAAGGCAGCUCAUCUGUUGUGGAUCAUCCCAGUGAGUUAUGAAAAAGUAUUUUGUGGAGAAAUCAAACUCCAUUCCUCGUUGUUUGGCAGUUACUAUGGGAAUGACCAGGCAAACCAAUUUUUUGCCCCACAACUACCCACAAAAAAGCAAUCUUCAACAUCCACAGACCCUUGUGCUUAUGGUGGGCUGGACCUGGAGUUUGUCAUAAAGAACUAUCACUACAACAUUUAUGGUCAUGGGGGAGAUGACACCUUUUUCCUGGGGCCACAGACAUCAAAACUGUCUGGGGGAGAAGGGAGGGACUUCUACAUUUUUCCUACAGCUGGAAGCUAUGCUGAGAUUGAUAAUUUUGCUCAUGAUUCUUUGGAGGACCACCUGCUAAUAAAAGCUCCUUUUAGCCACAUUGAUUGUGUCAGGAAGAACACAGACCUGUUCCUUGUCUAUGGGCCACAGAGGUAUACAGUUACUGUCAGAGACUGGUUUGCUCACAGCAAUACUGAUCAUUACCAGCACAUGAUAUUUCAGUCAGCAGAUGGUGUCAUGUUCAAGGUUGCAGACAUGGGUCUUCUAGGCCACAAGUUCCACGCUAACUGUGUUCCAGAAUCACUGGACAAAACAAGAUCACAGAGUCCAGUCUCCGUCAGGCUGGCAGGAGAUUUUAAAAGUGUGAUCACAGUACUGGGCAGUAAUUACUCAGACAGCAUUGUGGGUAAUGAGAAGGACAAUGUUUUUAAUGGAGGCCCUGGAGCCGACAUGCUAGAAGGUGGAGAGGGAGCAGAUACUUAUGAAAUAUUCCAGGGCCAAGGCUGUGACAAGGUCAACAACUAUGCCAAGGACCAGAAAGUGGACCUGGUGGUCUUACAUGUGCCUUUCAGACGGAUUCGCGCAGACCUGAGGGGCGAGGAUCUCCUGGUCUUUGAUAUGGAGGACAUGGACUCAACAUGCAUCCUGCUAACAAAGUGGCAUGCCAGUAGUCUCUUUCAGCAUGUGGCCUUUCUGUCCGCAGACCAUGUGACCUUUCACGUCUCCAGCAAUGACACAGACCUGGCAAUCACCGCUCUCAUAGUUGACCUCAGUAAAGACACCCACGGUGGCAACGUUAACCUCUCAGAGUCCAAUCAACUCCUGAAUGUGAUAUCUGUUUUUGAUUCCACCCAUGAUGAUGUAGUAUAUGGCAAUGCUCAUGGGAACUUCCUGAGCUGCAGUGGGGGUGUAGACAUCUUACGGGGAGCAGACGGAAGUGACAAGUAUGUAGUAAAGUCAGGAUGCAAGAGUGCAUACAUUGCCAACUAUGCACAAGACCAAGCCAGUGAUGUUCUGUUCCUGGAGCAUCCAUUUGAGAACCUCAGAGUUAGGUAUCAAUCCUCUGACCUUGUUUUGACUGUCGAAGAUUCAGAUAUUAAAGUGCACUUACAGAAUUGGCUCAUGGGUAAACAGUUCCAGCACCUGGUAUUACAGACUAUUGAUGGUGUAAUUUCUAUGUUACCAUUAAAUGUUUCUGAGCCAGAAGUUCUAACUCCCUUUGAGAUUACUCUCAGCCAAGAAAACUGCACUGAUUAUAAAAAGAAGUUUGAUUUCAGCAAAGACCCCUUUACAAAAGUAGAAAGAUUCAAAGCUAAAUCUAACAAGUGUUCUUAUAGUGUGAUUGGAAACAACAUGAAUAACUACAUAGACCCAGGAAUUGGUAAUCCUAUGAACUACCAGUAUUUGAAGGGAGGGAAUGGGUCCGACACCUAUGUCUUUGGUCACAAAUACGGUUAUGGAAAUGAGAUUGAUAAUGAAGCCAAAGACAUGAAAAGAGACUAUCUUUUUUUUCAAGUUCUCUACAAAGAUAUUGUAGUCCUUCUGGAGCACCCUCAUGUCAUCUUGUUCUCAAGGUCAAGAAACGACUCUGUCCGUGUGCACUUGCUCAAAUAUUUGCAUGGUCCAGAGCAACAACACCUCCUGAUUCGGUCAGCAGAUGGGGUCUCAUUUUCGGUCAAUCCUAACUCUUACCCAUACAAGUCAGUUGUUUCCAUUGAUGCCUCAACCUCCACAAAGAGUUGCAAUAUCAGCUGUGCUGAGGGGGAAGAGUACCUUAGGGUAUCCCAAAUCUAUGGGACUACUGGCUUCAGCAACUACAUCACCGGGAGCAGGAGCAGCUCUCUCAUCAUUGGAGGCAACAUGGCUGACUAUCUUCUUGGCAAUGAGGGAAGUGAGAGGAUUGAAGGACACGGAGGAAAUGACAUCAUAAACGGCCAAAGUGGGGAUGACAAUCUCUUAGGUGGAAAGGGGGAUGAUGUUAUCAGUGGUGGUGCAGGAAAUGAUAUGAUCUAUGGUGGGUGGGGGGCAGACAAGAUCGAUGGAGGCCCUGGGGUUGAUGUUGUGUUUUUCAGCGGAGACGUGAGAACAUCCACUGGCGUAAAAGUGGACCUGAGCAGUGGUAGAGGGGAGUGGGCUGAUGCAGAGAAUGACACGUACACGGCCGUGGAGGAUGUGAGUGGGACAAACUUUAACGACUUGAUCAUUGGAGAUGAGGAGGACAACGAGCUUGUGGGAAAGUUUGGUAAUGAUACCCUGGUGCCAGGACAUGGCUCAGAUGUCCUCUUUGGUGGGCCAGGGAAUGACCUGUACGUCCUGGAUGACUGCAGCGGUGUGAAACACAUAAAUAAUUUUGCUUCGGACAUGGCCCUAGAUUACAUUCUACUUCGUGACUUCAAUGCCAAUGACGCAUGCUUCUUCCUUCAGGAAGGAACUCUCAUUAUUUCUUUCUCCCACCAUGAUCCUGUACUGAGUCUCAUCCAGAGAGAUUCUCUAACUGUAGUGCUGUACAACUGGAGCAACAAUGAUUCCUUUUACCAACAUGUUGAUUUAGUUUUUGCCCAAAACUCCCUGAUCACCUCCGCCUUCUUCAGUUCAGCUGAGGAAAUCAGCCCCUCUCUCUUGGAGAUAAACUCAAUGAGACCCACCCUCUACACAAGGCAGGCUAAUGAGACGGCAGUAGAGAUUGAAAUCAAAGUACCAAAUGCAGGGGAGAGUUCCUGGUACACUCGUAACUCCAAAUUCAAGUACCAUUUAAAAGUGUCUGAUCAGCUGUUCUUUAGUGACAGUCUCCAGUGGACAAAUCAGCCUCUCAUCAAACACUCUGGUCUUCUCUCUGGGGUUCUUUACACCUUUCAGUUCUUUGUGAUGCUCUGUGAAGUUCCCGUUCUAGUGCUUGCUGAGACAACACACUUGACAAACCCCAACCCUCCAACAUCUGUACACCUGACCAAUGUCACAGAUUGGAGUACAGUGAUCAUUUGGGAACGACCAUCUUCAGACUCUGACCCAAACAGCGAGCAGUACACUUAUGUAGUGGAAGUACAGAGUCUGGCAGAUGGUCAUACAAUGCAAUUCAUGACAAAUUACACAAAAUUAGAAAUUACUCCUCUAAAUCCUGCCAGUCAUUACAAAGUGUCUGUGUCAUCAGCGAUCAAAGAGGUAAAAAGCCUGAAAUCAACAAUCCGACUCAUGGAGACUACAAAUCUGUGUCCGAACUUUAUUGCACCGGAGGGGACUAGAGUUGUUGAUGAAAAGAUGACUAGACAUGGUCCAGUGGUGGUGAUAGAGUGCCGACAGGGCUACCGGAGUACCUCCAGCCUUGAAAUUCCAUGCUUAGGAGACAUGGCCCUUCGUCCGUGUGUCCCCAAGUCAUGUGCUCAUCAGGGUGAAGUUUUUGAUCACGGGGAGAUUAUUCGUGAGGAAUGUUUCGACUUACGUUUAGUAAGUCGCUGUCGGUUUGGAGACCUUAUUCCUCCCAUAGUAACCUGCUGUCAUCCAAUUCCGCAGAUUGCUAAUGGCAGUCCAAAAUAUUCAUAUCGCCAACAUCCUGUAUCCAUUGCUGCUGAAUAUGACUGCAAUACUGGAUAUGACCUUUCAGGUCCCCGUCAGUUUGACUGUAAUCCUCAAACAGGACAGUGGUCCAGCCCCUUCCCUCUCUUGCCAUCUUGUAUCCCAAUCACCUGCCUUGCUCCACCCAAGGUUGACCAUGGGAAACUCCUUGUGAUCCAUGGACAUCCAGGACAAUACAAAAAAGGGGAUGUUUUGCGACUGGUUUGUGAUGACCUCUACCGUCCCUCUUCGGUGGAUUUGAUAACCUGCCCCAUUGGGAAAUGGACACUCAUUCCUUCCUGUGUGCCAAGUGUUCAACUUGUGAAUGUCACCAGCACAGACUCCAGACUUCAUGGACUGUUACAGAAGUGGGACUCAGGCUCAUGGAGUAGUGAAAUCACCACUAUGGAACUUAAACACCUUGCAGAAUUCUCCUGUGAAGAAAGAGGUCUAAAGUUUCGGAAUCAUACAGUGAGCUGGUACCAUAGAAAUGUAAAGGUGGAGUGUACAAAGCUAAAACUGGAAACUUUUAGGGGCGACUAUAUCGGAAGACCUGAGGGAAACUAUGAAAAUGGGGGCUGGAAAAAAAUAUGCAUUGAAGACAAAACUGCAGCACAAGCCUUCUGCCGAAAACUGUUCCCAGACCAGACUGGCUGGACAACAAGAGUGCUGUGGGACAGUGGUUUCCACUCCGGGUAUACCUACCGCUGUGAUGGCGGCUGCAGGUUCGAGACAGAGUCGCGGAUGUGCUACAGGCAGAUCCAGUGCAGGGCCACAUGCGACCCACUUUCGGUUCCCAACGGCCAAGUGAGCUGUGACUCUGAAGGGGAGUGGUGCAAUGUGCACUGCAAUCGACUCUAUCGACUGGACGGCGAUGACACUGUUCAGUGCAGGAGUGACGGAUGGUCAAGAGCCCCUUAUUGCAUUGGUAAGCAAAGUUGCACCCUCCAAUAUCUGCACAUCUUCAAAUAAGUUGGUGAUGGUAAAAAAAACAAAACUAAACUAAAAAAAAUCAUAAUGAGAAUACUUUCAGGAAGUAUUGAUGGAAAAUAUUUUUCAGUUAUAAAGAGGUAAAACAAAUCUUGCUCGGAAUUUGAAUGACUAAUCAACAAUUGUAUACUGAACUGAUUGUUCAUAUUUUGUGGCAUAAUUUUUUUUAACGGUGGUCAGUUGCUCCAAAAGACUGAAAACAAGUGGAUGAAAGUAUAUGAAUACAUUACAUAUCAUUACAUUCCUCCAGACGCUCUAAUUGAGAGCAACUUACAAGGCAAACACAAAACACAAUGAUCUGAGAUCCAAGUGCAGUCACUUGCUGGAGGGGGAGAGCAUACGCAGUGAACAUUUUUAUAGUGAGAAUUUGCUGAACAGCUAGUGAAACGGUGUCAAGGUGUUCAGGCGAAAACCUAUAAACCCUUUUAUAUUGCAGAGAAUGGAGAGUGUGGUGAGAGCUUUG